GCCCGGAGGCCUCGCGCUCAGUUUCGCUCCCACCUUCUUUCCCGGCGGCGGUUAGUGCGGAGUCGCAGAGCGCGGCGGCGGUGGGGGCGAGCGCGGAGUCCCGGUCAGUCCCCGCGGGCGCCUUCACGCGGUCUCGGAGCGGAUAAUGCUGUGAGGAGGCGCGGCGCUUGACAUCCCGGCUGGAUCUGCGCUCGGCCGGCCGGGACUGCGUGCGCUCGCCGGCGGCGUCGGUGCUGGGCGUCCGGUCCCUGGGGGCAGAGGCUGGGAUCCGCGGUGGCCGCUGGUUCGUCCAUGUUGUGGAAGGGAUCGAAUGGUGGAACCAGCUCUCCGGGCAGCCUGACUUGGCUGUAACCUCAGGAAGGGCUUUCAGAUUCCAUCUCGUUUCAGAACCACGGCUUAAGCUCCUUGAGAAAAAUUAUGUGACAGUUCAUAUCAAAAAGGAUUUUUGGGAAACACUUAACAUCCGUGAAGAAAGUGGCCCUUUUCCUCUUUUGCAACAUAGACCCUCUUAAAUUCCAAAAUGCCCGCCAAGACCCCAAUUUACCUGAAAGCUGCCAAUAACAAGAAAGGAAAGAAAUUUAAGCUGAGGGACAUUUUGUCCCCUGAUAUGAUUAGCCCUCCCCUCGGAGACUUUCGCCACACCAUUCACAUCGGGAAGGAGGGCCAGCACGAUGUGUUUGGGGAUAUUUCCUUUCUUCAAGGGAACUAUGAGCUUUUACCGGGAAACCAGGAGAAAGCAGUCCUGGGCCAGUUCCCCGGGCACAGUGAGUUCUUCCGGGCCAACAGCACCUCUGACUCGAUGUUCACAGAGACGCCCUCCCCCGUGCUCAAAAACGCCAUCUCCCUCCCCACCAUUGGAGGGUCCCAAGCCCUCAUGUUGCCCUUAUUGUCUCCAGUGACAUUUAAUUCCAAGCAAGAGUCCUUUGGGCCAGCAAAGCUGCCCAGGCUUAGCUGUGAGCCCGUCACGGAGGAGAAAGCCCAGGAGAAAAGCAGCCUGCUGGAGAACGGGACAGUGCACCCGGGGGACACCUCGUGGGGCUCCAGCGGUUCCGCCUCGCAGUCCAGCCAGGGCCGGGACAGCCACUCCUCCAGCCUCUCCGAACAGUACCCCGAGUGGCCGGCCGAGGACCUGUUGGACCAUCCUGCCCCGUGCGGGCUCAUCAAGGAAAAGACUAAAUCCGAGGAGUCCCUCUCCAACCUUACGGCUUCCCUCCUCUCCCUGCAGCUCGAUCUCGGGCCCUCGCUUUUGGAUGAGGUGCUGAACGUCAUGGAUAAAAAUAAGUAACAGGACGCCAGCCCCUGUCCUCUGGGGUAACAGGUACCGAAAGCCAGAAGGAACCACGGUCGAAGUGGAAGGCUUCGCUGGCUGUAUUUGCAGUUGUGCAGUGGGUUUUCUAAACCAAUGUUCCUACAAGAUAUUUUUUUACCUGUUACAUAUCCUGUUUGCUAAAACAGUCUCAAAAGGGGAAAAACAAAAACCAAAAAAAAAAACAAACAAACACCUAUCCUGGCAAAAAGAGGAAGUAAGUCAGAGCCCAUUUUCUCGGCUCCCAUUUGUGUUUGCAGACACCUCCGAGUCUCGCCUGGGUAGGAGUGACACUAGUUAGGAAGGGCUGGUUGAGUCAUGUUAAGGAACUUUACAAGACGCCAACGUUUUCUGAGCAAGAGGAAGUCAAAAUUAUUUAACACCUAAGCAUUUUUUUCUAGACUAUUUUCUAUCUUAUGUUGUUUGGAUUCACUCGCUGUAGGGAAUUCUCCAGUGUUUAAAACUUUUCUCUGUUUUCACAUUUGAACAACUUUAUGGCUUGGGGGAUUUUCUUGUAGCUCUUAUAUAUCCCUAUAUAUUAUAUCUAUAUUGCAAAACUUUGACUGUCAGCAACAUGUUGGUAAGACACAAGCAAAGUAUUACUGUAACUAAGUUAUUUUUAAAGUUAAAAUAUAUUUUUAUGUGCCUUUGGCUUUUUAUUGCAGAGUCUACAUUUUAUAGAUAUUACAGCAAAUGUUGUGGUUUAACUUGUUUCCAUUGGGGUCCGUUCCACUGUAAGCUGUGUGUUAUAUGUGUUUGGAAAAGUGUAUUCAUACUUAGCUUUUUUUUUCUUUCAUCUGUUAUUAUACUUUUAACAGCAGCCAACAAUGGAUUGUAAAGUAAAAAGGCACAGGUUACUCACAAUGCUUCCGCAGAGACUGUGGGUUACGCCACAUAAUGUAUUUGAAAAUAUGGGUAUUUUAGUACAGUACAUACUUGCAUUACAUAGGUACUUCAUACAACACAAUAAAGAGCAAAUGUUAAAAUGAACUUGUUCAUUUACAGUAAUACACAAGAAUGUCUAAGAUUAAAAAUAUUUUCUUUAAAUCUAGGGCUAGAAGAAUUGCUUCUCAAAAUGUGCAUUAGUCUUUAAAACAGUGUAACAGAUGAUGUCCAUCCACUCUGUAAAUUUUAAUUAUUUCCUUAAGUUUGAGAUUCCAGGAAUGGGACCCCUCGACUUUAAGAAAAAUGAACGUGAGAUUAGAUUUUAUUUUUUCUUUAAUGUCAACAUUAAAGGCUCACUUCUCCUCCCUUAUUUACUCUUGUUAAGGGCCUCUACAGCAAACACUUUUAACCCAGUCCCUGCAGGGUAGAUGCUGCCAUGCAGCCACAUCCAUAUAGACAGGAUUAAGAGGCUAAAACAAGGGCAGUAGGAAGCAGUGACCCUCUCCCAACUGCACUCCACCCCCCACCCCCAAAAAUCAAAAAACCCAGAGAUGCUCUAAGGUUGCUGCUUAAGGAACAGAAACAGGAAAUAUACACACCGAUUCCUGUCCCCUUGCCAACCACCCCUUUCCCCAACCAGGUGAAAACACUUGCACACAAUAACUGCCAACUGUUGAAACUUUCAGUUCUCCUCCAAACAUAAGCCUGAAAUGACCUCUCUCCACCACCCAGCCGCUUCAAUGAUUCUCUCGAGGGGUUUGGAGUGGUUUGCAAUUCUGUCGCCUGAUCAUCUGCAAUAGCCUUUGAACUACAAGUGAAAUGCAGUAAGGAUGACAAACCAAGCACGAGAGGAAAAAGUUCCCUUAGAGCAGCGAGGGCUUUUCUAUAAUUUCCCGAUUGUAUUUCUUUAUCCCCCGAUUUUCCAGUGUUCCUUUUCUGUUCAACAGCACCCCAUUUGUGCAUCACAGUUCCAAACAGAAACUUUCCAGCCCCCUCUAAAUCUUGUUAAUGAGGAAGAGUCAAUGCAUCUCAUAAUUUUCAGCCAGUUUUAACCAGGCUCCUUCAACACCUCUGCCCCAUCUUUAUCAUUAUUGAUCAUGUUCAGUCUCUUAUUUUACUCUUUAUUUGUGGCUUAACUUCAAGGAAAAGAUUAAACUUUUAGGACAAGA